AUGGACAAGUUGGAUUUUUUUCUUAUUUGCAUAGUAACAUUUUAUGUGAUAUUAUGUCCUUUUACAAAGGUUGAAGAAAGUUUUAAUAUUCAAGCAAUACAUGACAUCUUGGAAUAUGGAGUUGAUAUUGAAGGUUUAGAAAAUUAUGAUCAUUUUGAAUUUCCUGGAGUUGUUCCUAGAACUUUUAUAGGCUCUUUAAUAUUAAGUGGAAUAAGUUGGCCUAUUAUACAUAUUAUGAAAAUUUUAAUUCCUACUUGGAUUAAAUUUUAUUCCCAAUAUGUUGUUCGAAUUGUUUUUGGUUUAUUUAAUGUAUACACACUUUCUUGUCUUCGAACAUCAAUCAAAAAAUCAUUUGGUCAAAGAGUUGCUAUUUUAUUUGGUGUUAUAAGUGGUUGUCAGUUUCACACUAUAUUUUGGGCAAGUAGAACAUUACCAAACAUGUUUGCAUAUCCAUUAGCAGUAAUAUUUCGUUUUGAGGUUUUGAUGUUACUUUCUUUGAUCUUAAUCUUGGAAUUAUCACUUAGAAAUUUGAAUUUCUAUGAGUUACUUGAUCAGCUAACUAUUGCCAUUCCUAUUUAUUUAGCAUUAACCUUAAUUAUUGAUUCAUACUUUUGGCAAACAUUUAUGUGGCCAGAAUUUUUUGCAUUCCAUUUCAAUGUAAUAUUGGGCAAAAGUGUGGACUGGGGAGUUUCACCUUUUCACAUCUAUUUCACAUCAUUUCUCCCACGUCUUCUACUAUUAUCUUUACCGUUAAGUAUACUUUCAAUAUUUGUGGAUCAACGUACUCAUGAAUUUUUCUUACCAAUGAUAAUUUUUGUGUUUUUAUUCUCAUUUCUUGGACAUAAAGAAUGGCGAUUUAUUGUUUAUGUAGUACCAAUAUUUAACAUGUGCUCAGCACUUGGAAUUGUAUGGAUUUAUAAUUAUCCUGGUGGAGUGGCUUUACAAAACUUGCACAUUAUUGAAAAUGAUUUUCUUGAUGCAAUGACAGGUGUAUCCAGAUUUGGUGAAUUGAGAAAUGACUGGCAUUACUCAAAAGAUGAAUCACAUUCAUCACCAGAAGAUUAUAAAUCAUAUACACAUUUAUUAACUUCUAAACCUAAAUUUCAUGAAGGUAGUUUUACCAUCAUUGACAUGGUUGAUGGAUAUCAAUUUUUGAGAAUCAAAAAAACAAAUGAAUUUACUCUGAUGUGGAUUGAUUUGUUUAAUCUACUUGUUAGCUAUAACAAAAACAAUUAUUAUCAGUUUAAAGAAAUGUUUGAAUUGGUCUUUCCUAUAGAAAUAGUUUUGAAACCAAAAAUAUGGAUAAUGAAAAGGAAAGAUGAUGAUGACAAAUCAAAAAAGAUUUUCAAUUCUUUAAACGAGACUGAUAUUAAAAUUGAACUUGACAAAAAUAUUAUUUAUUUAUGA